UCGCAAAUAAGUGUGCCCGACUCGCUGUCUACUGUCUCUUUCGGACCAGCGAAGUGCCGUCGUGAGGUUGCACUCGGAACACCGGCCUUUGUAAAUUAAAUCAUUCAGGGGAACCAUCAGAGCACCUUGUCUGCAUCAUUGUCACUGCAUAGGCUACACCUUCACCUUGCAAGAUGUCUGCCCAGAGGGACGUGCCCCAGCCUGGUUUUUGGAGGGGCGGCGGUGGUGGCACCAACGGUCCGAGAGGGGGAGGAGGAGGAAGAGGGUAUCGUCAGGGAAACGGUCCCAUGUUGUUCGACAUGAACCUGAAUGGGGACGACCUGAACCCAGGGCAGCAGCAGCAGCAGCAGCAGUACCACCGCAGGCGCCGCACCCACUCUGAUAGCCUGGGGGAUGAGCCAGAGCGGGGCCUGCUGAGGGCCGAGGCUACCCCCUUCAGCCCCUCCUCACCCUCCGGCGGCAGGGGGAUGUGGGUGAACCGCAGCCUGCAUGACCAGGGCGACCAGGGCUUCCACCAGACCUCCUGGGGGUCCGUCUCCCCUCCGUCCGCGUCCCCGAGAGAGCGCGCCCCCCGGGCCCUGGUGUUCCGCUCCCGCCGGAACCAAAACUACAGCAGUGGUGCCACCGUGGGUUUCCACACCAACCAGGACGAAGAGUACGAGCCGCAGCAGCAGCAGGGCGGGCGCCGGGGCGGCGGUGGAAACUACGGCGGUCGCGGACGGCAGUUCACCCGCACGCAGCACCGCUCGUCCUCAGAGCCAAAGCGGGGGAAGGAGGCUGAAGGAGGUGCGAUGGAAGGAGGCGGCAGCAGCAGCAGCGGAGGAGGAGGAGGUGGUGUGGUCCGUUCAGGCCGCAGGAGAGGCAACUCGGAGACCGAGCGCACACCCUACAGGACCCGUGCAAAACCCGUCGCCAUGAGUGGACUUCAGUGCAUGAUGCAUGAUGGUAUCUGGUUCGAUAAGCCCAGGUACGACGACGCCGAGUGCCGCUUCUACGAGGGCAUGAACGGCAUCCACCGCGCGCCCGCACAUCCGCCUCAGGAGAGAGAAGCUAGUGCCAUCCUGCAAGACAUUGCUAAAGCCCGCCAGAAUAUCCAGAAAUCCCUAGCCGGACUGAAGACGGCCCUGCAGCCAGGGCUCAAGGGGCAGGGGCGUCAACAAAGGCAGCGCCAUCCCCGUACCACCUCCACGAGCAGCACCGGGGGCGGAGACCAGACAGAGCUGGUGUCGCGCAUGAAGAGCCUGGAGGUGGAGAACCAGAGCCUGCACAAAGCGGUGGAUGACCUGAAAGCUAUGAUGUCUAAGAUGGAAGCCCGCCUCUCAACGCUUGAGAAGUCCAAGCCCGCAGCAGCCGCCCAUACACCCGCACCCGCCGCACAGACCGUGGUUGUCGCGCCAACCAAGAAGGUUGAGGUUCAUGACGAUGAAGACGAUGACGAUGACAUCGACCUGUUCGGCAGUGACGAUGACGAGGAGGCAGACCGCAUCAAGGCCGAGAGGGUAGCCGCCUACAACGCCAAGAAGUCCAAGAAGCCCGUCCUCAUCGCCAAAUCCUCCAUCCUGCUCGACGUCAAACCCUGGGACGACGAGACGGACAUGGCCAAGAUGGAGGAGCUGGUGCGGUCCAUCCAGACAGACGGCCUGCUGUGGGGCGCCUCCAAGCUGGUCCCCGUGGGCUACGGCAUCAAGAAGCUGCAGAUCUCCUGCGUAGUGGAGGACGACAAGGUCGGCACAGACUACUUGGAGGAGGAGAUCACCCAGUUCGAGGACUAUGUCCAGAGUGUGGAUGUUGCCGCUUUCAACAAGAUCUGAGGGGCCAUCUUCAGCGUGGCCCGGUGUGAUGUGACGUGCUGGUUUAUUUUCGCUGCUUUCAGUUGGAACGGUUUAGAAAUAAAUUCAGAUUGCUUCUGAAAGUGA